AUGUUCUCUGUGAAGGAAGGGAGAGGCUUCAAGCUAAAUUUCAGAACUGCAGUGGAGCUGUGCACCUUGCAGAGAGCAGAACAUGACUUGUAUCAUCCAUUCCUUGACUUGUCUUUUCCCAAGACUUUCAGAAUCAAGUCAAUCCUUGCUAACAAACAAAAGCAAAAGCAUCCCAUUCCCUAGUAGAUUCAGAUAAAAACUGAUAAUAAAAGCAGGUAUAACUCUAAGAGUAGAGAUUAUAGAAGAACAAUGUUAGUUUUAUUAUAUAUGCAAUGAUACAACUAUUUAUGCUGUAUCAAGGUAAUUCUCAUUUUACCAUUAUCAAGUUGAAAUUUUUACCAAAAAUGUGAAAGGUUGGACCUUGUUUCUUGGAAAAACAAUUUUGUUCUUUGUUUCCAUGCUCUGCCCAAGUUGGCUGGCUCAGUAAUAAGCAUGUGAUACAUUUAAAAAAUUAUUAUUUGUUUUUAAUAAAUAACAAAUUGAUAUGUUUGUGAGAGGCAAUGGAGACUUUGUGUAAUAUCUCUACAUUUGUUUUUGGCAAUGAGACAGAGAGGGUUAAAAAUUAAAAUGAUAACAAUAUGGGUACUAUAAAAAAUUAGAACUGUGUAAUUAAGUGUUUCACAAAAAACAUUUGGAAAUACAUAAAGAUAUUGUCAUUAUGUAUUUAAAUCACAUGGCAUGCCUUACAACAUAUCAUGUAAGAUGACUGAGAAGCUGAGAAUUGAGAGUAUAAUCUCAAUGGAUCAGGAUUCUUGGCUGUAACUCAAUGAUAAUUUCUGAAACAAACAUUUAUCCAUUUGAAAAAAAAAAGUGGGGUAUGUUCCACUUUAAUUUUCAUUUCAUGGGUAGGUUUUAUUUUCUGAAAUGACUCUUGGCAAAAGGAAAGUGCAAAACCAGGUAGGAGUUUUGAGGUUAGUUCUAAACCUAACUGUCCAAGAAUAUACUAACAAGGAAUGGUAAGUUAACAAUGAAUAACUGGGUCAAACAAUGAGGUAUAAUGGAAGGGUGUGAUAGUUGACCCUAGGAAGAAGGUAAGAUGUUAUUAAAUUUAGGGUACUGAAUUCUUUUCAAGGAGUUGUAAGGGUAUCUAAAACAUAAGGCAGACAUACUGACUGUGGCUGAUAGAUUUCCUCUUGAUGAUUCUCUUUGCAAAAAUAAAAUUCAGUAAUACUACUUAAUCAACUAGCUCCACCCAAACAGUGAACAAUAAAUGUGAAACUUGGAACAAAGAAGGGUCUCAUGAUUUUCUCAUCCUAUUUGAAGUUGGGAAAGAAUCACUGGAAAUGGGAGCACCAAUUGAAGAAUGUGAAGGGAACAAGAAAAUACCUUUUGUAAUGUAUGGUUUAUAUCAAUAACCAAACAGUUUCUUUCCAUGGAAGAUAAUAAAGGGGUCAUUCAUGUUCUAUGACACUGAAAAAUUUCCUGAAAACUUUAUUUAUUAAAUUCAUACUUAUUGUCCACUGUUUGUGGGUGCUUUUUAAAUUUUGAAGAUAUAAUUGAGAGAAGCAGCCCUCAUGGAUCUUACAUGCUGGUCUCUUUCAAAGUCUUCUGUUGUAAGACAGGGAAUUUUUUUUUUUUUUGCCAUGUAUGUCUAGAGAUUAAGUGGGAUUCUGUAAAACAUCACCUGGUUUCAGGCACUGCAUCCUUCAUUUUAGAGUUCCAUCCAUACUUCUGAGUGUCACCAGUUAUAUGGCAAUGUGGAUGAUUCAGGUAGUUGUUUGACUUAACCUCAACUCAAGGGAAAUCAACUCAUUUUUGUUAAUAUAUGGAAAUGGGAGAAGAUAAAGGAGAAUAUGCAUAUGUACCUAGAGGAUUAAAGUUAGUAUGAUUAUAAAAAUAAUCUGUGCAAGUUUAUUUUAUAUUCAUUUUGUGUUCUUUCAAUGUUUAUUAUGUGCUUUAUAACUCUAUUUUCAUUCAUUUGAUUUUUAAAGCAGAUAAUGACUGAAGAGAAAGUAACUUGGUUUCAAAAUUAUCUCCUAAUUUUUUCCUUAGAAAAAAAUAAAAGCCUAGAGAAUGUAAAUUGCGACUUAACCACAAGAAAGAGUUCAUCUAACUUGACUAUUAGUCCACUGAAAUGUCCCCUUUAUCUGAUUGCCUCAUCUUCAGUUCUUUUUUUCAGGAGAUGAAAAUAUAUGUAGCUUGAUAUUUGAACAUAAAUUUUUCCAUCUCAAAGACCUGUAUUCAAAUACAAAACAAAUUCUGGAUUCCAGCUAUAAGGUCUUUCAAUGAACUCUGCAGCCUUUAAUAUGCAAAUAGCCAAGUUUUGAAAGGUUUUCUCUUUCCUCUUUCAAAGAAUGAAACCAGUAUUGCAUGACACCUGGAUACCUGCUUUUAGAAUGCUAGCACAAAGUGCAGCACUAACAAAGUAAAGUUUGUUUUAAUACUGCUGAAACUGUGAUAUGGGUUUAUACAAAGGAGAUAAAUUUAUAUUACAAAAAUACUACAUUAUUCUUUGUGAACCAUUAAUGAAAAAAUGAAUAAAAAACCCUGACAGAGCACAGAAGUAAUUCCUUUUACAGAUGAUAUUCUCAGGCACAUUUUCCUAGUGAACCAUUCACUCUCGUCUUGUAUAAGACCUCAAGAAGAGCAGCAUAUUUGCAUUUCUCAAGCCAGUAACCUGAGCAAAACUGGGACAGUUUUCCAAAGCUGGUUAGUCUAAUUCAUCUUGAAGCUGCAACCAGUACAGCAUCUUGCUUGUAGUUAAUAAGUGAGUUGAUAAUUAUGUGUAACCAGCUGAAACAAAGUUAUCCACAGUUUUUAAAAUGAUACUUCAUCUCCUCAACUAAUAAUAUUCCUGAACAUAAAGUAAUCAGGGCAAUUUUCUCAUUUUGGUUAUCAUAUGUAUAAUUUUUUAGGUGAUUCUUAUGACUUUGAAAAUAUAUAUAUUAGCAAGCCUGUAAUCCCAGUGGCCCAAGAGGCUAAGGCAGAAUGAUCCCGAAUUCAAAGCCAGUCUUAGCAACAUCGAAGAGCUAAGCAACUCAAUGAGACCCUGUUUCUAAAUAAAAUUCAAAAGUAAAAGUGCUGUGGAUGUGGCUCAGUAGUUGAGUGCUCCUGAAUUCAAUCCCUAGUACUAAAUAAAUAAAUGAGAGAGAGAGAGAGAGAGAGAAAGAGAGAGAG